AUGUUCAAGCUCAAACAAUCUCGCUCCUCAUCCGCCGCAACACCCCCGCCUCAAGCCUCUCAGCAUCCCAUCAUAUCCUCGAGGUUCAAUCCAAUCAUCAACGUCACCGCCGCUCCCCCUGCGCAAUCUUCUAACCCGGAUCUCGCAUCAAGCUUGGCAAGCCUCGAUUCGUUGCCCUUAGCUUCCGCAGAGCAGCCAUCCUCUCCGACAACUCCAUCCUUCGCACAUUCAGCCCCAGUGCAGAUUCCACGUCCCUCCGCUUCCCGCAUCCUUGGAGAUUCUCGUCCCCCCAUCGACCCUUCCUUGGGUGCGUCCACUGCACUUGGUUCCCACAUCAUCUCGUUUUCACCCACUGCAGCCAUCCCCCAGUCCAUGCCGAACCUCACGCCCAGUUUUCCCGCAACCUUGUUUGGAGGCGUUUCGGCCGAGGACGAGCAUGUAACUGUCUGGGAACCCCAGACUGGAAAGACUGUCGCAGGAAACGCUGCUCCCUACAGGCGUAAUCUUGCCACCUGGUUGCAAGGACAUCCCGGUUGGGAGGAAAAAGCCGAUGAGCUCAAGUCAUCGAAGAGGCGCUCAGCAGCACGUAGAUCGAAGAGCGCUGCAGAUUCUUUCGCGGCCCUCUGCUGUUAUCCCGUUGCCAGCUUUCUCGCGAGCGAUGGAGCGAGAUGCUUGGAAGCACUCGGCGAUGAAGAUUUCUGCACCGAGGAGGCCAUGAUGACUUGGACGGCCGACGAUUUUGUUCGACUUCAGGAAGCGCUGUUCCGUCUUGGACAAGAAUGUCAUGCGCAACAGUGCAACCCAGCGGAACUCGAUGACAAUCGCUGGGCCGAUGUGGCUAGCCAGAUAGGGGGUGCAAAGUUGCAGGGCACGAUAGUUUCGUGUGCGCAUCACAUGUUGACGCGUGGAAUCGCGAAGAGUAAGCGGGAACUGGCAGGCAACACAAGCAUGCCAGGCUCAUUUAGUUCCGUUUCGUUUGGCGGCGUGGACUACUCAGGGGUGGAUGCGCCUGCAUCGGUGGGCUCAUAUGAGAAUGACGGGGCCGGGUUUGAGGCCUUUGCUCCCAAUUCUUUGCCUUCUUUCCGUGGGAACUUGGGUGCCUCAUUUCUCGAAAAAUCAUUUCGCGCACCUCGUGAACCUCGUGUGACGGUGUGGAAUCCCAGCAAUGGCCGGACGAUCUCCGGAAAUGCGGCUCCGUAUCGCAGAAAUCUUGAAGCUUGGAUGUGCCAACACCCGGGGUGGUGCCCAAAAGAAGAGGGUCAGUUGAGCUCUUCCCGCAGAAAUCGCAGUCGAAAAGUGCGACCAUCAAGCGUCCCGACUGCUAGUGAAGGGGAAAUGGAGCACGAGGCACUGGAGGGGUUGCUAUUCCUUGCGAGGAGCCCGUCUGCCGAUAUGUCAAGUGGCACGGCAGCAGCCCAGCUUGGAAAGCAAAUGGGAAGGGUCCGAGGGGGAAGGAAUGGGGCUCAGGCGAUAGACGUCAAUUCGGAUAGGAAGAAGCUCGGUAACACGUCAAGCAUAUCGAGUUCCUCGGCCGAGUAUGGCUCUGACAACAUUACCGAUGAGGAGGACGAGGAAGACGCAGAAGAAGAUUGCCGAAUGGAAAUGUAGUUUCGUUUCACAUCGAGACUUUGCAAACACGCUGGAACAGAAUUCCCCACAGGAGGGUAACGGGAAGAGCGGGAAUGCCACUCUGAAGUCCCGUGGAUCAGAGUACGCGACCGCGGUCCGCCCUCGCCUUGUAAAUUAUUCAAAAAAACAAAAAAUAACACUGUGGUGACGUGCUCGCUUUUUCGAUGGCUUAAAACUUAUGUACAAAGACCGUAAAGAUAAUUAA